UAGCGACGAGAGGGCGUGGCCAAACUGACGGACGGCUCCGAGAGACAAUCAGCGUCAUUUCACCCAAAAAAUAAAUAAAUAAAUGACGGCAGAAACGUGAACCUGAAAUUCUCAGGUUAACUCGCUUCCUGGCCCACAUCGCACGCACUCCUCAAGUUAAAUUGAAGGUUCACAGCUCAGUGCAAAUUUAGUCAACCGGACCCUUCGUGUAUCUAUUCAGAUAUGCACGAGUCUGGUGACAGGUAUGACGAACAUGAGUCAGACUUGAACUCUUCAUGGGAUGAUCGUCCCCAUCAAUCAAUAGACGUGAACGAUGUUGAGCGUCUCAGAAGGAAAAUCAAAUAUUACUUCAUGAACCCGUGCGAAAAGUACCACGCUCGCGGACGCAAGCCAUGGAAACUGAUUCUGCAGAUCAUUAAAAUUGCCAUCAUCACGAUCCAGUUGGUGUCAUUUGGGCUGAGCAACCAGAUGGUGGUCACUUUUAAGGAAGAAAACCUCAUGACUUUCCAGCACCUCUUCUUGAAGGAUUAUGUCGACGGGAGCAUUGAUACGUAUGCUGUUUACCGACAAAAAGAUGUUUAUGAGCACAUAACAUAUGUCAUUGAACAGUACGAACAUCUGCACAACACCACAGUCGGAAACCACGAAUACGAGAAAACGGGCUCCGUCUACACGCCGCUGUCGCUAUGUCAGGACUUCUAUCGGAGUGGAACCAUCUACCCUGGCAAUGACACUUUUGAAAUUGAUGCGUAUGUGGAAACUGAUUGCAUUUACAUCUAUCCAGCGAAUCGAUCGUCAUCACAAGACCUGAUCCCACAUUUUGAGUUGUACUUUAAAAGAAUGCUCUCCGUCAAGAUCUCAUUCGUUCUGAAAGCCAUUAAUUUACAGACAGUCAGACACAGAGAGCUGCCAGACUGCUACAACUUCAACAUCCUUAUCACUUUCAACAAUGAAGCCCACAGUGGCAGGAUAAAGGUGGACCUCGAAAAUGAAGUGGAGAUCAAUGAGUGCAGGGACUGUAAAGUCACCGGAGCUUCUGCUAAAAGCAUAUACCUGCCUCUGGUGUUUGACUGCCUGAUCAUCAUAACAUGCAUGACUUCCUUCAUUCUCUGCCUCCGCUCCGUGUUCAGUGGGCUACAACUCCAGUUUGAGUACACACUGUACUGCAAGAAUCAGAGUGGUAAAGACGUCCCCUGGUCUGACAGGCUUGAGUUUAUUAAUGGCUGGUACAUCCUGAUUAUUGUCAGCGACUUGUUCACCGUCACUGGCUCCAUUCUCAAGAUUGAGAUUCAGACUAAGGUCCUCACAAGCUACGAUGUGUGCAGCAUCUUUCUUGGAAUAGGGACCAUGUUUGUUUGGAUUGGAGUCAUCCGCUACAUGGGCUACUUUCGGAAGUACAAUAUCCUCAUCCUGACUCUCAGGGCAGCUUUUCCGAAUGUUAUCCGUUUCAUCUGCUGUGCUGGAAUAAUCUACCUGAGUUACUGCUUUUGUGGAUGGAUUGUGCUUGGCCCGUAUCAUGAGAAGUUCCGGACCUUGAAUACAGUAUCCGAGUGUCUAUUUUCCCUCAUCAAUGGAGAUGACAUGUUUCCCACCUUUAAAAAUAUGAAACAGAAGAGCACCCUGAUUUGGAUUUUCAGCAGGGCCUACCUCUAUACCUUUGUUUCACUUUUUAUCUACAUGAUCCUCAGUCUAUUCAUCACGAUCAUCACAGACACCUAUGACACCAUCAAGCAACAGCAGCAGAGUGGGCUACCUGCAUCCAAACUCCAGCAAUUCCUAUCAGAAUGCAAAGACCUCCCAAAUUCUGGAGUUUACAGACUUAACGAGAAUAGUUGUUUUUUGCAAAGCUGCUUAAGCAAGUGCAGAGAGCGUCGUGAGAGGUUGACUUCAGAUGCGUAGGGCACCCAACGAUGCAAUGAUGAUCCCUGAUUGAAGGCUCAAAAAUUAGGAGACAGACUGCAGUGCAGUGUGUGGUGCUAAAACUGUGGCCAACUGCAGGGGGAGCCAUUCAGCACUUGGAUGUCUCCAGGACAGGAUGCAGGGCGGAUGCAGGUUGGAGGUUGAAUUACAGCUCACCCCACUCACUCUGGACACAGCCCAUUUGACCAUCUCCCCUUAGAACCAGAACCUCUAAGCACAUGAACAGUUUCUUCCUCUCAGCCAUCAGCCUCAUGAACUCUAAAGAAGCUCGUCUUCUUUUCUUCUUUUUCUUUCGGCUUGCCCUGUUAAAUACCUGCACUUGAUAAAUAUUGCACAUUGUUUAUGAGUCUUGUAAAUUGUUAAUUUUUUUCCUUCUUAGUCCAUUUAUAUUUGCAUUUUAUUGUAAUUAUUCCCAUCUAUAUUUGCCGUUAAAUGAUCGGACUGAGGAAAAAAAAAAUAAAUCAUAGUUGUGAAGUGCCAUUAACUGACAAUGACAAUAAAAGAAUUGUGAUUCUGAGCUAUCAGAUUCUCAAAAGCAGGGAUGUGGAUCAAU